AUGGGUGCCACAGAUUUCAAGGAGCCUCUUGAUAAUGGCGAGAGCCAGUCUAGCUCGCAGCAUGACAAUGAACUCCCUCCUCUUACGUCGACGACCGAGCGCAGACUGAUGGCCAAGGUUGAUUGGCAUAUUCUGCCUUGCUUGUGUAUUCUGUACCUGCUGGCCUUUUUGGAUCGUGUUAAUAUCAGUAAUGCCGCUAUUCUGGGUCUCAAGGAGGAUUUGAACAUUACCGAUGGAACGAAAUAUAACAGUGCGCUCACGAUCUUUUUCGUCCCGUAUAUUCUGUUUGAGGUUCCUUCAAAUAUGCUGUUGAAGAAGCUCAAGCCUCACGUUUGGUUAUCGGCUUGUAUGUUCAUGUUUGGCCUGGUUCUGGUCUUCCAAGGGCUGGUUAGCAAUUGGAGUGGACUGAUGGCCACUCGGUUCUUUUUGGGAGUCUUCGAGACGGGCAUGUUUCCUGGAUGCUUCUAUCUGAUGGGCAUGUGGUAUAAGCGUUCAGAAGCUCAGAAGCGUUUCAGUUUCUUCUUCAGCUCCACCAGUCUUGCUGGUGCCUUUGGUGGUCUGCUUGCCAGUGGAAUCGGAAAGAUGGAUGGUAUUCGUGGCUACGGUGGCUGGCGCUGGGUCUUCAUCAUUGAGGGCGUUCUGACCAGUGUUGUUGCUCUGAUUUUGUUCUUCUUCAUUGCUGAUUUCCCCGAGGAUGUGAAAUGGCUGAGCGAAGAAGAGCGCACCUACAUGCGCGCCAAAUUGGCCAAGGAUGUUGGCAAGGCUGCUCACCAUGUUCGCAUGGGCAAGAAGGAAGUGUUCAGUGUUUUCAAGGACUACAAGGUCUUCAUUGGAGGCAUGAUGUACUUCGGUCUGAUUGUUCCCGCCUACAGUUACGCCUACUUCGCUCCUACUAUCAUCAAGUCCUACGGAUACGAUUCUAUCAAAACUCAGCUCUACUCCAUUCCUCCCUGGGCUGCAUCCUUUGGUGUCUCAAUGAUCAUCGCGUUCUUCUCCGAUAGAAUGCAUCAGCGGUUCGCAUUCACACUGAUUCCAAUGUUCAUUGCAAUUGCCGGUUUUGCAAUGCUGCUUUCGAUCACCAGCAAAGCUCAGACAAAUGCGCAGUAUGGUGCUCUGUUUCUAGUCACUAGCGGUUGCUACGCCGCCAUGCCUGUGAUUGUAUGUUGGUUCGCCAUGAAUUUAGGAGGACACCACAGGCGCAGCGUGGGAACUGCUUGGCAGGUAGGCUUUGGUAACAUCGGUGGUAUCAUCGCGACAUGGUCUUUCGUGGAGAAGAAUGGAAAGAUCGACUACCGAACCGGUUACAUCAUUUCUCUAUCCUUCGUCUGCGUCUCUAUCGCAGCUUGCGUUGCCUAUCUCAUUGCAAUUGUGUGGGAAAACAAGAAGCGUGAUCGAGCUGCAGUUGAUCCUACUUCCAUUGGGGAGGAUGAGGAAGAAUACCUCGGUGAUCUGGCUCCUACUUACCGAUAUGCAUACUGA